GGAUAAUCCCUCCACUUCCCCACCUGUCCGUCCUUGAGCCCUGCAGCCGUUCUCUGGAAUGACCGUCUGCUUCUGAACGCUACAGUUUGUUUAGCAUGUUUAGCUGGGUGGUGAAAGUUGUUCCUCAGCCCCCAGAACCUCCUGGGAAACUGGGAGAGGAGGGAAAUCCCACUGCAACAGAGACAGGGAAAAAAGAGAAAGCAAAACAAGAAGCCAACCCAGCCAAGCCAAAAGAGGAGGUCUCAGAGGAGAACAGUUCUCAGAGUGGGGUUUUGAGUUGGAUUUCUCACAGUUUUAACACUGCUCUCCCUCAGCCAGUAAACGCUUCUAAACCAGUCAACAAUGAAGCUAAGCAAGAGGAAAAUGCAGUGAGCAACAGUAACCCAUCAGAUGACAAGACUGGGAUGAUCGGAUGGAUUGUGCAUGGGUUGGGAAAAGUGGUUCCACAGCCAGAUGAGAAAUACAAGGACCACACAGAGCCCGAGCAGACCACCGAGACUGCAGCUGUUCCAGCAGUUAAAGCGGAUCCUCCUGUGUGUGAGGUGAAAGAUCUUCAAGAUGCCAAGCCUCUUCCUCCUAUUCCAGUGGUGGAAAUGGUUUCUGAUGAAGAGCCAGAUGCAGUUAACAUACCCUUCUCUCCAAAAGUCAUAGAAUGGAUCAAACAAGGUUUCGAGAAGGUGGUUCCUCAGUCUCCAGUUAAUCUUCAGCCUCCUUCAAAUUCAGAAACUCCAUUCCUGAAGGCUGCUUCUGCUCCUGUGACACCUUACAAACAACCACCGACACCUGCGCCCGCACCCACACCUGCACCCGUACCCGUACCUGCACCUGCACCUGUUCCAGCAUCUGCGCCCACACCUGCUCUUGCACCUGCAACUUCUGAACCACCAAGUGUAGUUGAGGAGUCGAAAGGCGUGGGUAUGGUCGGCUGGAUUGUGCAGGGCUUCGGGCGUAUGAUGCCACAACCAGUACUGAAACCAAAAGAGGAGAGCUCUGAUGUUGCUCAAAAUGUGUGCAUCCUGCAGGAUCCAUGUGAUAUGGUGCUGGAGGAGGUGGACACAGACUGGGAGACCCAGAAGAAGGAACAGGGCUCUGGACGGGACGUCCAGGCUGAGGAGCAGGUGCUGCCCAACAUCCUGCCACAGGUGCUGGCCAUGCAACAGCAGGAGAAUGCAGAGACCCAGACAGAGCGCUGGACACCUCUUAUUGAGAGCAUCAAGAAAGAAGCGGAGGAGGCUGCCAUAGCAAACAUAGAGGAGAGACUACAGCAGGAAUGCAUGGAGGCAGCUCGUAUGGCAGAGGAUUUGGCCCGACAUGCUGCAGAGUUGGCCGUCAGACAGUUGGAGGAAGAGCAUCCCAUACAGAUCAUCACAGAGCUCAAAGAUGAAGAACAGGACAAUGAGGAUCAGUGCAUGGUGGACGUCUGCCCGGCAGAGCCAUCACCACAUGAAUCUGAGGCUUCAGAUCAGAUGACCCAGAGUCCCAUAGCACCACCCCAAACGUCAAAAACAGAUACAGCGUCUCAACCCGUCACCACCCAACCUGAGACAGCCACAUCCUCACCUCCUCUUCAUGUUCAACAGGAAGAGGAAACUGUUGAAGAAGGCUGUGGAGAAUGCAUCCACGUGAAUCCAGAACUGACGGUGGAGGACGUGGAGGAGGGAGAGAUUACGAUUCCCAAAAUCAUUGUGGCCCCAGAGACAGAUUCAAUGACCCUCACCGUUCCAGUACACAACCUGACCCCUCGCAGCAAAUCUUUGGAUUCAGAGAUUCCCCAGGAGGAUGUGGAUGAACCAAAAGGACAUCUGGAGAAGGAUCUGAACCAGACAGCUCUACUCGGUAUAGACAAAGGCCUUGAGCGACCCGUGUCUGCAGCCAGUCAGAGAAGUAUAGUUGUGAACGAGCGUCUGCAGGAGCUGGUCAAGCUAUUUAAGGAGCGAACAGACCAUGCGAGAGAGAAACUGACCGACCCAGAUGAGUCUGAUCAAGAGAGCCCAUCAGUAUCUCCAGCCAAAAAGCCCGGUGACGCCCCACCUCCACCACCACCGCCUCCUGAGGAAAUUAAAGAUGAAGGUGCUGGAGAGGAGGAAGAAGAGGAGCAAUUCCAUGAGUUUAUGGGUCACAAAUUUAAAGUUCCCCAGUUUAAAAUGCCUCAGAUUCCUGACUGGCUCAGAAGCAUACUGGAGUUUCGCUUCCCGUCCAGCAUUGACCCCUACACAGAUCUGAUCUAUGUGGUGUGGCUCUUCUUUGUGACAAUCGCGUGGAACUGGAAUGUUUGGCUCAUCCCGGUGCGCUGGGUUUUCCCGUACCAGACCCCCGACAACAUCCACUGGUGGCUCCUGAUGGACUACCUCUGUGACACCAUUUACAUUCUGGACAUACUGGUGUUUCAGCCCAGACUGCAGUUUGUGAGAGGUGGGGAUGUCGUGUGUGACCCAAAGGACAUGAGAGAGCACUACAUGCAAACGGAACGAUUUAAGAUGGAUGUGAUCAGUCUCUUUCCUCUGGAUAUCCUGUACUUCUUCACAGGUGUCAAAUCAGUGUUGCGGUUUCCUCGUCUUCUAAAGUACCAUGCAUUCUUUGAGUUCAAUGAUCGACUGGAAGCUGUGAUGAGCAAAGCUUACAUUUAUAGGGUAAUCCGGACAAGCGCGUACCUGCUUUACUCUCUGCACAUUAAUGCCUGUAUUUUCUACUGGGGGUCUGAUUAUGAAGGUCUUGGCUCAACCAAAUGGGUUUAUAAUGGCAAAGGAAACGCUUAUGUACGCUGUUACUACUUUGCCGUGAAGACUCUGAUCACCAUCGGAGGUUUGCCUGAUCCCACAACUGUCUUUGAAAUCGUCUUUCAGCUUGUCAACUACUUUGUGGGAGUCUUCGCUUUCUCCAUUAUGAUUGGUCAGAUGAGAGAUGUUGUUGGAGCUGCCACAGCUGGUGAGGCGUACUACAGACACUGUGUGGACAGCACUGUGAAAUACAUGAGCUCCUACAAGAUCCCACGGGAGGUGCAAAACCGAGUCAAGACCUGGUACGACUACACCUGGAAGUCGCAAGGCAUGCUGGAUGAGCAAGAGCUGCUCGUACAGCUGCCCGAUAAGAUGCGUCUAGACAUCGCUGCAGAUGUCAACUAUGCCAUCGUCAGUAAAGUCGCACUCUUUCAGGGGUGUGACAGACAGAUGAUAUUUGACAUGCUAAACAGACUAAAGUCUGUGGUGUAUCUUCCAGGAGACUCUGUUUGUAAAAAGGGCGAGAUCGGCCGAGAGAUGUACAUCAUCAAAGCCGGAGAGGUGCAGGUGGUGGGAGGGCCUGACGGGACAAUUGUGUUUGUGACUUUGAAAGCUGGUUCUGUGUUUGGGGAAAUCAGUUUGCUUGCGGGCGGUGGUGGAAACAGACGAACAGCUAACGUGAAAGCCCACGGUUUUGCUAACCUCUUCAUCCUGGAUAAGAAAGACCUCGCCGAGAUCUUAGUGCACUACCCCGAGUCCGAGAAGCUUCUGCGAAAGAAGGCCAAGAAGAUGUUGACCAAGGACAAGAAGCCCACAGAUGAGAAGGUUAAGGAUACGGGUGAGGUCAUCCCUCCACGUCCAGAGACGCCCAAACUCUUUAAAGCUGCAUUGAAAGUUGCCGCCGGACAGACUUUCACCAAGCUGAAGGAGACUUAUAAAGGAGCAAUGCUGGAGCCAUCCACUUCUGCUUCCUGUAGCACCUUCACAGGUCCAAUUCCUCCUCCCUCUCCCAUCCACCGGCGUUCACCGAUUCCCCGCCCUCGUGUGCCAGAUGAAGAUGACAUGGUGUCAGAGACCACCGACAGCACCGUGAUCAUCCGCAUGACUCCACGGGUUGAGGGAGAGGAGAUCCUCUCUGUGGAAGUUAGCCCAGCAGAGGUAGUCCAAGUGGACACGGAAGAACCAAGCAAAACUGAAGAGAAAUGAGAGGAGUGAGAGGGCGAGAUAUACAGUAGAGGAGGCGUCUCGGUAGUGAGCCUGAGGACAAGGCUGGUUCAUGCAACCCUCAUGUUCUUAUUUUGUCUGAGGCAUCGUUUGAAUUUCUCGUUUUGCCACAAGGUCAACCUUUUGAUAACCUUCAGGCAUCCUUAAUAAAAGUUUUUGCGGGAGUGGAAAAUGAAACCAUAUGUUACAAGAAUGUUUAAGGACUCUCAGUGUGUUUUUGAAGCCCAGGAAAUACAAAUUGGAUACUCCACCCAAAUAUUAAAAUUGCCAUCAUUUACUCACCCUCACUGUAAAAAUUGAUUUGUUGUUUCAACUUAAAAAAUUAAGUUACCUGGCUGCCUUAAAAUUUGAGUUAAUUCAACGUAAUUGAGUUAAUUCAAACGAAUUUGAUGCAAAAUUGUUAAGUUAACGCAUACUUUUAAGUUGAAUGUACUCAAAAAUGUAAGGCAGCCGAGUAACUUGAUUUUUUAAGUUAAAACAACAAAUCAUUUUUACAUUUGUUCCAAACCU